UGUCGUAAGUGCGAUUAUUCCGCAAAAUGGCGGCUUUUAUUGUGAUUUGAAAAACUUUUCCUAGAGAUUACCGACGGCUUGAGUCACAGUCAACAGGGAUCAAAGCAAAAUUGCUAUGGAUAAUUUGACAUUAUCGGUUUGAUUGUGCUUAUUUUGUGUGGACCAUGUCCUUUUGAAAACUGGACAGAUUACAGUAAAUAUACUUAGUCUAUAAAAACAACUGAACAUCACUGCAAGUGCAGCAGACUGCUAUCACUAUGGCAUCGAAGGUUGGAAGCAAAGAUCUAGUAGAGUCCAGAAGUUCAAAGACACCUCCGAAUAGCGCAGGUUCGAAAGAAACCUCUGGAACAGGAGUAAAGCCCAAACUUGGAAAGCCUUCAGACCGCCUGAACCCAAAGACAGUAGAUCAUUUUUCCUCCAGAAGCCUGUCAGCUUUUGCGUCCCUUUAUAUAAAUGGAGGAGUCCCAUGCAGACUGGUCCACGGCAGUGUUAAACACAAACUUGUCUGGGACCAAUCACCAGAGAGUCUUCCCUUUGACCCUGUCUUUGUGACUCUGGCAGAGGGAUUGAGGGAAACUGUUCACCCCUAUACUCUGGUGUCGUGUAUGGGCUUCAAAGAGAUUUUAGAAAGUCCAAACGCAUGUAAAAAGGCGGCACCUCUACUGCCUAAGGUGGUUCCUCCUCUUAGGGCAGCACUGAGCCAUGCCAACAAUGAAGUUUUUGAAAGAGGUCUAUCUGCUCUUUGCCAUCUCAGUGAAGCAGUAGGACCAGCACUUAAUCCUCAUCUGAAGAACUUACUCAUGGCAUUAUCGAAGCGCAUGAUGGACAAGAAGUACAAGGAUAGUGUCACAGAUGCAUUACAAUUGCUUGAAAAAAAUGGUGGAAAGGUCAGAUGCACUCCUAAGCAUUAAAACAAAAGUUCCAACCUACUCUUCAAUAUUUGGAUGAACUGUGAAGUCAUAGAUUUGUUAAACGCAAAUAUAAUUAGGCAAAUUUUGCCAUUUAUCCCCUUUUCACACAACAGAUUGUCUACUGAGGUAUAUUUUUUAAUCCUGUCACAGCUGCUUAUGGCUUUUUAUGUGACCAAUGCAAUUCUGGUUUAUUGCACUUGUACCUUACAGUUUUUAUAUAACAUCAUGUACUUUGAUAGCACCAUGAUUAGCAGUAUGACAGCAUGAAUGAAAGUGUGUACAGAUGCUUGUUUGUGUGACAGGUGUUUUAGCUAUUUUGUGCUCAUAAUUAUUGCUCAUUUAAAUCUUUCAAAUAAUGUUGCUGCAAAGACUGUGAUUUCCUAUGAGUAAAAGAGAUAAUGAGA